CUCUUGCUCUCCUUAUCUCUGCUGCUCUGCACCUUAUCUUCAUUUAUCGACUUCUUCAGACAAUGGCGAAUGAGGACUCAGAUAAUCCAGCUGACUCGCAACAGCAAGAAGAACAAGAAGACACAAAUCAAGAACAAGAAGACCAAAACGAAGUAGACGAAGAUGACGUGAAAUGGUCCUCUUCUUCUUCUUCUAAUUCUGAUUCUGACUAUGGUUCCGAUUACGAAUCUUACUCCGACUAUGAUUACACUACAGAAUCCCAACAACAGGAACAACAACAAGCUGACCCGCUUCUCUCCAAUAUCCGGCGGGGCCGGGGGCCUCAAGACACCGAGGACAACACUCCCGAGGCCAACUUCCGGCGAUACGCCGAAGUCUUGGAUAGCAGCGUGCGGGAGUGGGAAGAGGAAGAGGACCGCGAAUACGAGUACUAUGAGGACCUAUAUAACUUCCCUAAAGACCCUGAGAAUUGGCGGGAGGAGGAUCUCAAGGAGCUCUGGGCGGACGCUCCAGUCGGCAUGACCAAGCCUGGGUGGGACCCGGUUUGGGCAGACGAGGAGGACUGGGAGGUGGUUAAUGAGGAGAUUCGCGAAGGCAGAGACCCUCCCAUUGCGCCAUUCUAUGUACCCUACAGGAAGCCUUAUCCUGUCAUACCCGACAACCAUUACGAUAUAUCUAAUCCCAAAGCAGUCAUCGAAGAGUUGGAUAGGAUUGAGGAGUUUCUCAAAUGGGUCAGCUACAUUUUUCCCGAUGGAAGCUCGUACGAGGGCACUGUUUGGGAUGACUUGGCUCAUGGCAAGGGAGUCUAUGUUGACGAAAUCGGUCUGGUCAGGUAUGAAGGUGAAUGGCUACGUAAUGACAUGGAGGGUCAUGGUGUGGUUGAAGUUGAUAUUCCUGAAAUGGAACCCCUACCAGGCUCCGAGCUUGAGAAAAAAAUGCGUGCUGAAGGGCACGUCUUCUCAAGAGACUUCUUACCCCCUGAAGACAAAGAAUGGCUGGAAAUGGAUAUUGAAGAUAGUGUUCAACUUGCAGGAGGGAACUAUGAGAUCCCGUUUUAUGAGAGAGAUACAUGGAUCAAAGAAUUUGGGAGGAAACCGGAAAAGGGUCGGUACCGAUAUGCUGGCCAGUGGAAGCAAGGCAGAAUGCAUGGAUGUGGUAUUUAUGAAGUCAACGAGCGUUCCAUAUAUGGUAGGUUCUACUUUGGGGAGCUUUUGGAAGAGGAUGAUGAUUAUGGCUGCGACGAGGAAACUUCUACGCUCCAUGCAGGUAUAGCAGAAGUAGCUGCUGCAAAGGCUCGGAUGUUUGUUAACAAGCCAGAUGGAAUGGUCAGAGAACAAAGGGGUCCGUAUAGUGAUCCUCAACACCCUUAUUUCUACGAAGAAGAUGACGUGUGGAUGGCACCAGGCUUCAUUAACCAAUUUUAUGAAGUCCCUGAUUAUUGGAAAACAUAUGUGCAUGACGUUGAUCAGGAAAGAGAAUUGUGGUUAAAUUCUUUCUAUAAAGCUCCGCUAAGAUUACCCAUGCCUGCCGAGCUCGAGUAUUGGUGGUCUAAAGAAGAGGAACCCGAAUUUGUCCUUAUCAACAAGGAACCAGAAGCUGACCCUGAAGAUCCAUCAAAGCUUGUAUAUACAGAAGAUCCCCUUAUUCUGCACACUCCAACUGGAAGGAUAAUCAACUAUGUUGAUGAUGAGAAACAUGGAAUCCGUUUAUUUUGGCAGCCUCCUUUGAAAGACGGAGAGGAGCCAGAUCCAGAGAGGGUAGAGUUGCUUCCCCUUGGUUUUGAUGAGUUCUAUGGACGCGAUACCACUGAGAAGAAGGAAAGUAAGUGGAAGCGACUUGUUAUGGCAAUUGAAAACACAUGCAAGCCAGUAUUUGAUAAGUUAGACAAAUGGACUGAGGAAAAGAAGAAAGAUAGUGAGAUGAAAAUUAAGCUUUAUGAAAAGGAACUUGAACUUAUUGAGGCUGAAUUGUGUUUAGAAGAAGCCAUUGAGGACAUGGAUGAAGAGUUGAAGAUGCAAGAGGAAGAGGAGGCAGCAGAAAUGGAUUAUCCUGAGGAAGAAGAUAUUUCCUCAUCGACGAAAGAAGAUAUUUCUGCAUCAACCAAAGAUGAUAUUUCUGCAUCAGCCAAAGAGGAUGAGAAAUCUUAUCCUCAAGAUGAAGACGAGGAAGAGGAAGAGGAGGAGGAGGAUUUUGGUGAACCAUCAAAUUUUGGGUCAGUGACCACCGAUCAGGAGCCAGAGAAAAAAGAGCAGAAAGGAAACAAACCUGGGGACUCACCUUUUUCUGCAUCAUCUCUUUCAUUUGCUUCUCGUAGCUUUGUCUCAUCAGUUCCUUCUAUGCUGCGUAAACCAAUGUUAUUGUGGAAGAAACAUAAAUGUCCACCGAGGCCUAUCUAUUUGUCACAUGUUGAGGAUUUCAAUGGCACCUUGAAGACGUUUGAUUUUGUUAGUUUUCCUCGAGAGCUUGGCGUAAAAGGGGGCUUGAGAGCUAAAAGGCCAGCUAAUGUGAAGUCUCAAGCUAGAAAACACUCAUCGGAGGCAAUAUCCCCAUUACGUUCCCUGUCUCGUCACCUGUUACAUCCUUCAGCUUUGGUGAGCCAUAAAAGUUUUCCAAAAGUUUCAAGAACGCGUAAUUCUACUUUGCAGCAUGCAGCACCCAAGACACAUUUGGACAGCAUAUUAUCUUUGCACUUGCCGCUGUAUGGUAUGGAACCUCCUCAACAUGCAAUUGUAUGCGAACCUCUGCAGGCUUUCUCUGAAGUAAAAUAGAAUCUUCAGGUGUUCAAGGUAAUAUCCAUUUUUUCAGGGCAAUAUUGAAUUACUUGUGCCAAUUCUUUGGACAUGUACAAUACAUUUGCAAGGUUGGUUCUAUAUAAUCUGUGAAAGUAAGAAAUUGUUGGAACUUCAGUUUGGAAGUGUUUCACUUACCAAAAAGUAUAAGAGUUUGGAAGUGUUUCUAAUGCCA